UACCCUGCAGAACUACAUGGAGGAGAGAGAAAGGGUACCCUUGACCUAGACCAAGGGCCAUUUCUUUUGAAGUUGAAGCAGACACAGAGAACCAAAGAAAGGGCCUUUACAUUUUUGUUUUUUCUUUCACCUUUCAGCCAAAAAUGGUAGAAAAAUAGGGUAAACUUCAAUGACUUCAGAGCAGAAGUGUUAGCAUCAUCAUCAUCAAAUAAGCUGAAUCUCCAACUUUCACAUUCAGGGACACAGUUUUAAUGCUUCACAUUCACACCACAUCAGUACUCGCUCUGCAAGUACAGCACGCAGAUUCAGAAGCUAAAAGCCAAGUGAUGAGUCUGUGCACCACAUGCAGAACUCUUGUGUCUUAGCCUUUUACCAUUGGAUUGCAUUUAUGUUUCCAGAACCAGGCAAAUGCUGUAGGGUCAUAGACAGAUACAUUAUUAUUCAAGUCUUCUGUUUCGUAGCAGCAAAUAAUAGAUUUUUUAAUGCCCCACAUAAACAAUAGAGGACCCUAGCCAUUGCUAAUUAUUUAGAAAAAAAUGCUAGAGUGUAGAGUACUGAAAUAUAUUAUGCACACCUACAGUGAGAUCUAGCCUAAAGGCCACUAGCACUGCACUUGUUAGCCAUCUUUGAAGAGUUCUUAUUCAUGGACAGUGAAAGAGAGGACAACAAGCAAGGCACAAAUGCAGCACACACUGCAAUCUCUAGCACUCUUAAAAUUAGGAUUGCAAGCAGCAUCAGGCAAGGUGAGGAGAGUUUAAACAACUCAAACUUACCUUCACCAAACAUAAACAAUGGCAUAGAAAUAGAAUCAUCAUCACCUUAUGGUUCUCCUCUUGUGUCCCCACCUUCAUCAGCAUUUGUUUCGGCAUUGCAGUCUCCAUAUAUAUCUCCAAGGGCCAUAAUCCCUGACCUCCCAAGUGGAUCUCCUUUGGAAAACCAACCAUCACUACCAACAACAACAACAACCACAAACCCUUCCACACCAGAAGAUGUGCCAAGCAGUUCCUACACUCCCCCUUCUGAUCAAUAUGAGUUCUCUGAUGACACUGCUGACACAAGGCUCAAAUAUGUGACAUGUGUUCCAGAAGCAGCUCCUCCACGCAUCUCAUUCUCAUUUCCAGUCCCUAGAAUCUCCUUUGCAAAAGGUCCUGUCUCACCUGCUUCCAAUGCCAAACUCAGAAGCUGUGAUGUCUACAUUGGAUUCCAUGGCCAGAACCCCAACUUGGUGCGCUUCUGCAAGUGGCUCAAGUCUGAGCUUGAGCUUCAAGGGAUUGAUUGCAUGCUUGCUGAUAGGGCAAAGUACUCAGAUACUCAGAGCCAUGAGAUUGCUGAUAGAGUCAUUUGCUCAGUGGCAUUUGGAGUGGUGGUUGUUACAAGUUCCAGCUUCCUCAACCAUUUUAGCAUGGAGGAGGUGAGAUUCUUUGCUCAAAAAAAGAACCUGAUCCCUCUCUUGUUUGACACAGGACCUUCUGAGAUUAUGGCUCUUCUUAACUGCAACUCAAUUGACAAAGAAUGUAAGGAGGCAAUUGAUGGACUAAUGAAGUGCAAUGAAUUCAAUCUAGAGGCUAAUGAUGGUAACUGGCGAAGCUGCGUAGCGAGAACUGCUAGCGUUUUGAGAGCAAGACUUGGUAGGAAGAAUGCUGAGCAGAAAGAUAAUAUGCAAGUAUUUGAAAGCUUACCUUUUCCAAGGAACACAUACUUUGUAGGAAGAGAGAAGGAGAUUAUGGAGAUUGAAGGUCUUUUUUUCGGACGAGGGAAUUGUAUGGAACAAGUCCAAGAUCAUUGUAGGACAUCCAUCAAAGGAGAAGCCAGUGGAAGUGGACAAUCUGAAGGCCUUGCAGAUGAGGAAAGUGAACCAGUGAUAGGUAGGUGUGGGAGGUACAUUAGUCUAGAAAUGGGGAGGAGCAAAGAACCAACUUUAGAGGCUUGGGUUGAACCGAUCAUAGGAAACAAUUCUGUGAAGAGGUUGAAGAAUAAGAAGUCAAAGAGUGGAAACUACAAGAGCUUGUGUAGCAGUGUGAUUUGCAUUAAUGGGGUUUCUGGGAUUGGGAAGUCUGAGUUGGCGUUGGAAUUUGCUCACAGAUAUCACCAGAGGUACAAAAUGGUCUUGUGGGUUGGUGGUGAAGCCAGGUAUCUUAGGCAGAACUUGUUGAACUUGUCUCUCAAUUUGGGAUUGGAUGUUGGUGCUGAUUCUGAGAUGGAAAGGGGUCGGAUUCGAAGCUUUGAGGAGCAAGAAUUUGAAGCAUUCAAGAGAGUCAAGAGGGAACUGUUUGGUGAGACUCCUUACUUGCUGAUAAUUGACAAUCUUGAGACAGAAGUGGAAUGGUGGGAAGGGAAGGAUCUAUAUGACUUGAUACCAAGAAACACGGGAGGGACACAUGUGAUUGUUACUACUAGGUUGUCCAAAGUAAUGAGCUAUGAUACUAUUCAGCUUCCACCUCUGCCAUUAUCUGAAGCAGUGCUUCUUAUGAUAGGAAGAAAAAGUAGAGAGUAUCCAGAAGAUGAGAUGGACUUCCUUGAAAAGUUCAAUGAGAAACUUGGAAGGUUGAGCUUUGGUUUGUGGAUGAUUGGUUCAUUGUUGUCUGAACUUGCAAUAAGCCCUUCUGCUCUCUUUGAGGCCAUAAACCAAGUGCCACUCAGUGAAGAUCCAAACACUUGCUAUAUGAGCAUUGCGGAAGGGCAGUGGUGCAAGAGCAACCCUUUUCUCAUGAAGACCCUCCUCUUUUGUUUUGAAACUUUGGAGAAAACUAAAGCUAAAGGGAACCUCCUGGCCAUAAGAAUGCUGCUUGUGAGUGGCUGGUUUUCCCCUGUUCCUAUUUCAGCCACUUUAUUAGCCAAUGCGGCAAACAGUAUCCCUAUGGUUGAAAACCGUCUCAAGAAGUGGACCAAAUAUCUGAGCCUCACAUCUAGUUGUUUAUCAUCGCGGACUUGGAAGAACGAAGAAGAGUCGGCUACAUUUCUUGUGAAAAUGGGACUGGCUAGAAGGGCUAAUCAACAUGAUGGAUGUUGGCUUCAUUUCCAUCCCAUAACACAAGCAUUUGCCAAAAGAACAGGCGGUUUGCAAUAUGCCAAGGCUGCAAUUCAAGGUGUGAGAAAAACUGGCAGUCAUGUAAACUCGGAUCAUUUAUGGGCCUCAGCUUUCCUAGUGUUUGGGUUCAAAUCUGAACCUCCACUUGUUCAAUUGAAGGCAACUGACAUGGUUUUGUACAUCAAGAGAACAGCUCUCCCCCUAGCAAUUCAAGCCUUCACCACUUUCUCAAGAUGCAAUUCAGCCUUGGAACUCUUAAGAGUGUGCACCAAUGCAUUGGAGGAAGUUGAGAAGUCCUUUGUCUCUCAAAUCCAAGAUUGGUCUCAUGGUUCAAUUUGUUGGAAAAGGAGGCUGCAAAGAGGCCAGAAAGUGGAUGAAUAUGUGUGGCAGGAUGUCACCUUGUUGAAGGCAACACUGCUGGAGACAAGAGCAAAGUUGCUUGCCAGAGGGGGGCAUCUAGACAGUGCCAAGGAACUGUGCAGAACAUGUAUCAGUAUCAGAACUGUCAUGCUCGGCCAUAACCAUGCACAGACCUUGGCUGCUCAAGAGACAUUGGCAAGGUUGGUGAGAAUGAGGAGUAAGAUAUGAGUAUGUUUGUUGUGUCUUCUCCUUUAAUGUUAAACUUCAUACAAAACAACACCUGCAGUGAAGGUGUGUAAAUGUUACUGUAACAAUAAGCAUUACUACUGUAUGAUUGUACUACUAAUGUUCUUUGUCUAUCUCCUCAACAAAAAGUAUUACUGUGGCAUUAAUGUUCUUGUUUGAGGCAUUCACUGUAAUGUUGGAGAAAAUGAUAGUAUCAAUGAAACAUCUAGUAGUUACCUUA